AAUUGCAUUUAGGUGUUACAUGAAUUUUAGUAAUUCUGUUCCUGUGUUAUCACAGACGCAAGGUCAUAUUUUACUCCGUGUACAUAUGACAUGUCUACAUGACCACUGAGAGGUGUGUACAUACUACAUAUGUGUAAGCCAAUAGUAAAGCGUCCAUAUGAAUGAUGCAUUGACGCAUUGACACCUCAAUGUCAGUCUGUGUUGUUUUUUCUCUCUCCUUUUGCAACGGGAAAACAAAGGCAGUGCCAGUAGUAAGAAACUAAUAUUGACUACAAAGAGCAGCUGACCCCUAUAUAUUUAGCAUAGGGCUAAUGCAUGGGAGAAAUUUAACUGUGGCAUGGGCUGGCAUUCCCUUCUGUAGGAGGCGUGGGGAUACUGAAAGAGGCAGGGAGGGGAGUGCAUGUGAGACAGAAAGAGAAGGGGGAGUGUUGUGGUGUGAAGCCUCAGUUUGCUAGCCAGAGUGGUUGGAGGUAUAGAGUGUACUGCAGCCAACAGCAUGUUCCUUCUUACAUUUGGACUUUACUUACCUCUCCUCCUUCACCAUGCCUCAUCAUACUCCUUUAUCGACAACAUCUUCACCUUUCCAGCAGAUCUGGAGGCGCUGGAACCAAGGAAGAAAUUCGACCCAUGCUGUUUAUUGGCUCCACCUCCACCCCCCUUGUUUCCUCCACCCCCCUCACUGUGGCGCAGGCCUCCGAGUGAUGAUGGUAGUACAUGGGUAAAAAAGAAUACAGGUGAAGAGGAUCAUAAGUUGACCUGCUCUGUGGGACCGCCCGGACCAGCUGGCCCUGCAGGUCCUCAGGGUCCUCCUGGAUUACCAGGACCAAAGGGACCAAAAGGUGAAAAGGGAGAAAUUGGGAGACCAGGACAAAAGGGACGCACUGGUUCUCCUGGUCUCCCAGGACGACAGGGACCAAGUGGAUGGCCUGGACCAAGUGGGUCCAAGGGGGAGAAAGGUGACCCUGGACUAAUGGGAAUGCCUGGAGCAAGAGGACCAAUAGGACCCAAGGGAUUGCCUGGAUAUAAAGGAGAAAAGGGUUCAAGAGGAGAUAGAGGUGAAGCUGGCCAGAGGGGUGAGAAGGGCACAAUGGGUCUGCCAGGAAUGCUUGGCCAGAAGGGUGAAAUGGGGCCAAAAGGAGAGCCUGGAAUUGCAGGAAACAGAGGGCCCACUGGCAGACCAGGAAAGAGAGGCAAACAGGGGUCAAAGGGAGAUACUGGUCUCAUUGGACCAAUGGGACCUGCAGGCCCUCAGGGUCCUCCUGGUCAUCCAGGGCCUCCUGGUCUGCCUGCCUCAGGACUGUACAUGGUGGGGCCAAAAGGGGAGAAGGGACAGCCAGGCAUUCCAGGCCGUUGUAGCUGCAACUCCCCCAUGAAUGUCAACAGCCCUCCUUAUGACAAGCACUUGUUCAGAAGCAACUACCCCAAAGUGCCAGCAAUUUUUGUGGUGAAUAAUGAACAGGAGUUGGACCGUCUGCACACUGAUAAUGCACUGGCUUUCCGCAAAGACCAGAGAGCACUUUAUUUCAAGGACAUUGAUGGAUGGCUACCAAUUCAGCUAACGCCAUUCCAGUCAAUGGAGCAUGCACCAGACAUGGAUGGUUUCUGCGGGGAUGGCAUUGUACAGGUUGAGAAUGGAGAGGAGUGUGAUGAUGGAAACAAAGUGGUCACAGAUGGAUGCAUCAAGUGUAGACAUGCGUACUGUGGAGAUGGCUAUCACUAUGAGGGAGCUGAGGAGUGUGAUGGAAAAGAUUUUGGAUAUCAGACCUGCAAAUCUUAUCUGCCUGGAACAUAUGGACGUCUUAAGUGCACAUCCGACUGCUUCAUCGACUCUACAAACUGCAAGUAUUUUACAUGAGAAAAGAGGAAAACAACAGUGGAGCCCACAGUCUCAUGUGAGCAGCAGGGAACAAAGAUCCAGGUAACCCAAGACAUUGCAAACAACGAGAAUCCAAGGGUCUGAUGAGAAUACAUUUGAUGGGGAAAGUAAUAGGAAUAUGUAUAUUAUGCUCCUUUGUUGAAAAGCUGCUGAGAAGCCACAUAGCUCACUGGGAAAAGAGCAGUCUGCUCAGUUACAGCAAACGCACAGGACCCGUCGCUCUCUGUCUUAAAAACUCAACCAGGAUUUCAGACACCGUUCUCCAAUCAGCCUCCUCUCUUUGGUGCUGGGCACCUGGCUCAACAUUCUGCUUAGAUGGUUUGCCAUGCUAAGAGGAACCUGGAGAGACCUUUCAAUACCUCAACAUAGAACUUUUCCACAAGAAGGCCAUCUUCUUGUGGUCCAACCCCACUGUCCUUUGCCCAGGGUGCUGUGUAUCUGGACUGCAAUGUGAACAAUUUACUGUAGAAAUUUUGCAUGGGGCUGAAAAUGGUGUAGCUAUGGCAACAGGCUACUUAUGGUAUGUAUCCAAGUCAAAAAAAAUAAAAGAAAACCACUUAAAGCUGCAUACAUAAAGUUUAGUGGAUGGACCUUGACCAAAUCUGAAACCAAGCAUCACGUUAGAAGCUCUAGGUUAAAUAGGCUGGCUCUUUUAGAGCGUAGUCUAUGAUGCUAGUGCUCAGCAGGUUGAUCUUUUCCACAGACAGGUGGGCUGCUAAGCCAAGUGCAUGGCUGCAAAAACAUCAGCUGAGCUGCAAGGUCAGAAAAGCCCCUCUCAAUGGAAAACAAUAGAAAGAUUUGAGCAAGCUUAGGCUACUAAUGCUUCUUGACUGAAGUGUUAUGUGUAGGUGCUCUGACUACACUCUCGUAAAGGUCAGGGUUAGAUUUUAGCCAGACAUUCGCAUUCAUACCUCAGGAACUCGGUGAAGAGAGUCCUCUCAUCAUUAGAGCCUCUUCACCUCUAUCCCUAGGUGGAGCAAGGCUGGCAUAUUCCAGUAUUCUUAAGCUGAUUCUUCUGGUAUUGCUGACGUUGCUGUCUUUUGUAUACUAUGUGUAUGCUGUAAAUGCUCCUAGAUAUGACAAAGAAAAAAAGCCCCCAUCUUGCCUCCAGGGUUGUUUCGGGUGAUAACUGUAUCACAUGUGAAGGCUUUCAAACUGUUAUAAAGGAUUUCUGUACUGUCAGUCAGCUUUGGCAGAGGAAGUCUAUUGCUGCUACCUAGUAGGCUAAAGACUGUUGGAAUGAACCUGAAAUAGUUAAUGGAAACCAGUUAAUGACUAUUUAUUUCUUAAAAGUGGACUUUGGACAUGUAGCAUGCCUUCGCUCUCUGUGGUCAGUGUAGUGUAUAUAUAAAUAUAUAUUGUACUUAUUGGUCUGCUUUUCUUGUAUUAAAGUGGUAUAUGACAUUUUUGAUACAGUAUACAGUAAGCUACAUAUUUCCAUAAGCUAUAAGCAGCAUUUGCUAUGGAGACCUCUCCUUACUUAAUGAUUUCUGGGGGUAAUACACCUAACCUGUCUGCAGAUCUAAUGUAUAUCUUGAAAUUGUUCUGGUGCAUGUAUUGUUACUGUAUACUCUCAAUGAAAAGAUCAAGAAUGCAGUACAGCAAUGGUCUAAAUGUAUGUGUAUAGUUUUUAUUGCCAGUGUACUGGGCAGUGUUUUCAAUACUGUUUUUGCUGAAGCAGGGAUGACUGUUAGCAAAGUGCUUUAGCUUUCUCAAGGACUGUUAUCUUCUUCUCCAGCAAUUUGAGGAAGUAUAUUAACAUCGUAUAUUGCACUAUAUACAGAAAAGGGCACCAAGGCACAGUAUGCAUCCACUGGUGCAGUUGCAUGUUGAGACAUAAUUCAAUGACUGUUCUGUUCCAUUGUGACGUGGAGAGUAAACAAAUUCUUAUGAAAUUCUAAUGUUUGAUACUGUCCUGUAAUAAGGUCAAAAUAAAGCUUAAAAUAAUAUUGUA